AAUGGAACCACGUGCUCCACCAUUAAAGAAAACCAGAACAAUAUGGCCAUUGGCCGUCCUGAUACGGGUUAUCGACACUGGAAAAAAUUCAGGAGAUGGCUCUUCAAUUUCUAUAACCUCGCAAUCUCUAUCUAUUGGUCUCCAUUUCUAGUUCAUGGCGACGAGAAAUCGAGCGCCUUCAACUACAAUAAGCUCUAUCAACACAAAGUUGAUGAACAAUUGUUGAAUGAAUUCGACCAAAUCCAUAUGGUUUAA